UACCUAUUAUUAUAAUUUCAACCGAGGCAUUUACCGAUUGCAGAACAUAAUCGUUAUAUCUAACAAGUGUGUCGCGAUGGUGAUAACUCGCGACGUGACUCUACCAGAGGAGUCAGCGCUGACGGUUCCGGAGGUGGAUCUGUCGAUGGCCACGCUGCUCUCCGCCGCGCCCCACCUCGGCAAGGCCUGCGAGGCCAUCAACAACGAGUUCAUGCUGUGCCGCCACGAGACGCGGGACCCGCGGGCCUGCCUGGACCUAGGCAAGAAGGUCACCGCGUGCACUCUCGACUUCUUCCGCUCGGUGAAGUGUAGCUGCGCGAAGGAGUUCAAUCAGUACACGCACUGCGUCGAGAAGAGUUCGGGAGACUGCUCCUUCUCGAAGUGUCGCAAGACGCAGGCCGUGUUCGACGGCUGCAUGGAGGAGAAAAUGGGGAUGGUUAGGCCGGAGUUCGGGUACUUCACACGAGCUCGUGUCCACUGCACCCGGCGGCCGGCGCCCGAGCCGGAGCGCCCGGCCGACUUCCCGGACGCCACGCCAGCAGUGCCAGACUCUAUUUCGCGCCAGCACCCCCGCUUCGGCGGACGGUUCUACUGGAUGACCGAGUAACACAACGGCCGAAAAGUGCCGAUGCGUUAAA